ACUGUGUCACAGUAGGAGGGGCUGGACUGAAAUGGCGUCCGCCUGCUGCACCGUUAGCUUGUUAGCUUAGCGGCUAAGCUAAAUGCCCUCAUAACUGACACGUCGCUCCUCCAGCGGCUCCUCACUCCAGGACGUGAGUGGCUCGCGUUGCGCUCGGACAGAGGAAGGCAUCGAAAGGAUGUGUCCGCAGUGCAUAAAAUAGCCCUGCGGUCUCUCAGAGUUGGACAAGAGCAGGUACUACUACCCUCUUGGUACUUUCCUACAACCCUACACUAAAGUAGCAAUGGCAGCGGGCAAGAAGAAGAUGAGUGCUGAGACGUAUGUGUUGGCGGGAUCUAACGGACUGAAUGGGGCAAAAGCACCAGGGGGAUCGCCUGUGGAGAGAAACCACAGCAGCAAGGUUUCCAGAGUGGCUAAGAUGGCUUUGCACCUGCAGGACAAAUGUGCAGCGUAUGUCUUGGCUCUGCGGCCGUGGAGCUUCAGCGCUUCCCUCACGCCUGUGGCUUUGGGAAGCGCUCUGGCGUACAAGCUUGAGGGCUCCGUGGACCUUGUUAUUCUGUUGGUCUGUGCGGUGGCGGUCCUGGUGGUCCAUGGGGCAGGGAACCUAGUGAACACGUACUAUGAUUUCUCCAAGGGAAUCGACCAUAAGAAGAGCGAUGACAGGACUUUGGUGGAUCAGAUAUUGGAGCCGCAGGACGUGGUGAUGUUCGGCGCCUUGUUGUACUCCGUGGGAUGCCUUUGCGCCACCUUGUUAUAUUUUCUCUCUACGCUGAGACUCGAGCAUCUGGCUCUUAUCUAUUUUGGUGGGCUGUCAAGCUCCUUUUUGUAUACAGGAGGAAUUGGCCUGAAGUAUGUCGCUCUGGGCGAUGUGGUCAUCCUCAUCACCUUUGGGCCCUUGGCGGUCAUGUUUGCUCACGCCGUCCAGGUGGGUUACCUGUCUGUGCUGCCACUGGUGUACGCCGUACCGCUGGCACUCAACACCGAAGCCAUCCUGCACAGCAACAACACCCGCGACAUGGACUCAGACAAACAGGCGGGCAUCGUCACCCUCGCCAUCCUGGUGGGUCCCACGCUGUCGUACGUCAUCUACAACCUGCUGCUCUUUGUCCCCUACGUGCUAUUCUGCAUAUUAGCAACGCGAUACACCAUUAGCAUGGCCCUGCCGCUGCUCACGCUGCCAAUGGCCUUCCCUCUGGAGAGGCAGUUCCGCAGCCAGUGCUACACGAAGAUCCCUCAAAAGACUGCCAAGCUCAAUCUGCUGAUGGGACUCUUCUACGUCUUUGGUAUUAUUUUAGCACCACAGGGUAGCUUGCCGCUCUUGUGAAAGAACUGUUCUUUUUAUUUUUGGUCAUUUCCUUUUCCUUUGUUUUGUUGUACUAGGAUAUGUACUUCUUGUUUGUAUUUAUAGUUUUUUUUCUUUCAGAAGUACAAAGACUUUAAUUUAUUGUAUAAUUUAUGCUUCAGAGCUAACAAACACUUUGCAGUACAUCGCGAUGGAACAGAAGCUGUCCGGUGACAUCAGUAUUCUGCAAAGCGAACCAGUUGGUGUGUGCAAGGUGUUGACAUUUACACGGUUGUUGAGCUGUAUUAAAUUAUUGGUAAAUAUCAAAUUUGGGAUACACUGAGGAAUUGUCAUUCCCUGGACGUGUGAAUAUUUUGUAACUAGCAAAGUUGAACAUUUACUUAUUAAUUUUCUGAACAAUGUUCUUUGUACAAUUUUAUUAAUAUUGUUUGUUUAACAACCACAGAGUUUCAACUGUGUCAUAUAGGACAGUGUUUCUCAUCCCUGGUCCUUGAGGCCCACUGCCCUGCACAUUUUAGCUCUUUUCAUGCGUUAACACACCCACUUUAACUCAAUAAUGUCUAUUAAUGAGCUGACUAGUUGGAUCAGGUGUGUUGGGGCAGGGAAAACGUCAGUAAGUGCAGGGCAGUGGGAGAAACACUGAUAUAGCAUAUUCCAUAGCCAAGCUUAAAUUCUUAAAUUGCCAGAGUUGUCAAACGGUAUCCAAGUCCACUCAGUUACACGUUGUGCACUGUGUAGGACCGAAUGUUGAGUAACAUGGGCCAGAUGUACUGUGUGUUUGAGCAAGCGUGAAGGAAUUUUAUCACUUCAUAUUCAAGUGUGUCUAUAUGUGGGCUUUUCAGAGCCUUUCACACAUGUUUAAACAGUUAGUAUGUGCAGCUUGUCAGCCUACAGCCAAAUCAGAUCGUUCUUUCAAGAAGGGAGUUACAGAAUACAAAUGCGGUUUAGUUACGUCACCUAUAAAGAGCUGUGUUUGAUAAAAAUUUUAGGACUAUCAGAUCUUUUAAAAAUAAAUAAAAUUCCAAACCUAAGUGGCUCACAUAGUUUGGACCUUUUCGAUCGUGAUUCACUGAUGAGAUCACAGGUCAGCUCACAUUUUAAAACCAGUGGUGGACUCAGGCUGUUUGAAGGGCAGGGGUACAAGGGCACCUACUGCACAACAUGAUGCAUGUCACACAGCACUACCACUAGCCCUCUUGCCUCGAUUGGACUUGUCCCACCUCAACGUCACGCAAAGAUCUAUGGUUGGUCUAUGGUUGAUCAAUUUAAACGUUUGUCACAUUUUUCCGUCCAAAAUGAGCAUUCAUCAUUUUGGUACUGAGACACACACACCACACUCUCAGUGAUAAUCCAAACUAUGGCUCGGUUGCAGCUUUGGAUCCAAGCUUUCAAAGAAAAGCUGUCUCUCACAGCAUUUUCAGCUCCUUUUUUAUGUGCUUCAGUUUUAUCUAUGUCUUUUAUUUAGCAGUGCAUCAUUGGUAAAACUCCCAUUCUAGAGGGGUGUGGCUAAAAGUAAAAACUUAAGUGGAUGGAAUAGAUGUCAGUUUUUGACAGUUGGAAUGAGUAUUUUAUACUUUGUUUCCUCAUUGACAACAAUUUACAAUGUCGUUUACUGUCAAAUACUGUUAACCUAACAAUCUAACCUCACCUAAAGGGUACAUUGAAAAAUAAAAAACAGGGACAGUGCAGAUGAGAUUACACCAGAAUGCUAGUUAGAUAUUAGCCUAACUUACUGCCCCCUCGCAAAAACACAGAAAAGAUUUGUUAGCAGCCAUACACUGUGUUUUGAUUGUAAGCAGGGUUUAAGAGGUAAAUUGAAAAUCUCAUCGAAGUAUUUGGUGGCACCCCUAGACUGUCAUCACUGCACCCACUUUGGGAAAGGCUGCUCUAGAGGGGAGACUGCAGGGCGCUGUGUCUCAUUUUCUUCACUGAGAUUGUUUUCUCUCCACUGGAGGGGCACUUCCUCAUGUUUUCUCACUCAGAAGGGCAAUAGGCCACUUGCUUGUUUUUAAAUCAGAAAUGCGCAUGCAGGGAAUGUUAAGUUUAUCCCUCCACUAGAGGGGCAUUCAUUAGGAAACUUCCCCACAUUCUCAUGCAUGUAGGGACACCCUUCAUAACACUGCAUCACAUUUUAUCCACUGGAGGAGCAUGUCUUUAUUAGAGGAGCACCUAACUGGGCACUUCAUGUUUUCCCACCUGUAAGAGUACCCUGUGUAGAACUGCAUCCCAUUUUCUCUUUGGAAGUGACACCCAUUGGGAUACUGUCAUGUAGGGGCUGCAUAGCAGGCACUUUACAACGGCACCCUUUUCGAUUGGAAGGGCACCAAUAGGAAACUAAAGUUUUAAUCACUGUAAAGGGCACUGCAUCGUCUUUUCCCCACUAGAAAGGCACUCAUUAAGACAUGUUAGCAAAAUUUUUGGUUCUAGAGAGCACAUCUUCAUAAUUUAUCGUAGGAAGGGGCACCCUAGAGGGCACUCGAUCAUUUUUUUCUCCAUAUGAAGGGCUGCCAAGGGGCACUUCCUCUCAUUUUUGCCAGUCUAGAGGACUGCUCUGAGACUGCCAGUGAAUUUAAAACUAUUAUUGCCUGCUUGAAGAUGCCCAGACCGGUACAAUGACAUGUUUGAACGUCUGAUCAAGUCCAUCUUCUCAAACCAUAUAAUGGCAUACAGUGUUCUGGCAACUGACCUGACUGCUGAACUACCAUUCUUAUCUUUCCUUAAAGCCAUCAGUGAAUGGACCAGCCUGUCAUGGGCCUGUGAUGGGCACACUACAAGAAAUUGUGCACUAGCCUGUGUCCAAUUUUUUAAUAAAUUGUGUAGCCACUAA